AUGCAAUGGGAUGAAGGGCCAAGUAAUAGAAAUGAGGGAGAGGAAAAUGAAGAGGAGGACAUUGAAAGGGGUGAAGGGCCAAAUAACAGAAAUGAGGGAGAGGAAAAGGAAGAGGAGGGGAUUGAAAGGGGUGAAGGGGCAAGUAAGACAAAUGAGGGAGAGGAAAAGGAAGAGGAGGGGAUUGAAGGGGGUGAAGUGCCAAGUAAGAGAAAUGAGGGAGAGGAAAAGGAAGAGGAGGGGAUUAAAGGGGGUGAAGUGCAAAGAAAACCAAGGGAGGUAGAGGAAGCUCAAAGGAAAAGAAGUGAGGGAGAGCAAGUGAAAAUAAAAAGCAGCAAAGGAGAGGAAGCGCAAAGAAAGAGCAUUGAGGGAGAGGAAGAACUGCAAAGAAAAAGCAGUGAGGGAGAGGAUCCGCAAAAAAAAAGAAGGAAGGGCAAGGAAGUGAAAACACAGAGAAGUGAGGAAAGGGAAGUGCAAAGAAACCAAUGUGAGGAAGAAGAUGAUGAAGUUGUGUUGGUUGGCGAUGACAUUGGCAAGAGCACGGAGAGGACAAAGGUUGAGUUUACUCUCGGGGACAUUGAUUUGGAUCAACCUACAGCUGUGUUAUCUCAGUUGAACGUUUGGUUGAAUGAUGAAGGUCAAGGUGUGGAACGAGGGGUCCAAUUACGGAAGAGGAAGAGGAUUAUUUCUAUGUGGAAGAUCGUUGAAGCUAGUGAAGUGGUUCAAAAAAAAUUUGCCAAAGACAACCCGACUUCGGACGUUAGACCCAAUGAAGGCGAUUCCGCAUGA